UCUAAAGACACCCUCGACAUUCCUUCUGUACGUUGUUGGUGAUUUCUCAACGGGUAAUAAUGUUGGCGGCGCAGUUUUCUCUCGUAUUAUUGCUGGUAGUUGGGGCACAAUGUGAGAGUGCUGAAAGAUAUAUGGAGUAUAUUGUCGGCAGACACAACAACUUCAGACAAGGAUGGUUCAACGGAAGAGAAUGGGACAGAAUGGAAUGGGACAGUUCUCUAGCAGAGGAGGCAGACAGACGUAUGUCACAAUGUAACAUGGGUAACGGAUAUUACAGCCGUGGUGAACACUAUGCAUACUAUAGCGGCGGUGAUCAUUAUUACAAUAUCCGCAGAACCUUUAACGAUUGGUACAAUGGAAUGUCACAAUUUGACUGGAAAAACAAUGAGGGAAAUUUCUAUCAGAUGGACUGGUACAGGAGUCGUUCAGUUGGAUGUGCCAUGAACUGGUGCCCUUCAUUUUAUGCCAAUGGUCAAAAUUACCAGAACAUGUGGUUCUUUGGAUGCUUUUACGAUCAAAUGGAGUACAACGAAAAUGAUAAUGAAGAGUUCUUUGGUGGUAACAACUGGAAUGGUAAUGAUUUCAAUGGUUGGUAUGGAAACAACUGGAAUAAUGAUGGUUUCAAUGGCUGGUAUGAUAACAAUUGGAAUGGAAAUGGUUUCAAUAGUUGGUCUGGAAACGAUUACAUGAACAACGACUUCUAUAACAAUGGUUAUUAUAUGAACUACAAUAAUGGGUAUGGUUAUGGUGAUAACUUCUACAAUGGCAAUUAUUACAUGAACAACAACGGUUAUGGCAACAAUGACUACUACUGGAACAGGGGAUAUUACCAGAAUGGAAACUACGGAAAUAAUUACUACAGUAGAGGUUACUACAUGGAUAAUUACAACAACAAUAAUGGCAAUGGCUAUUUCUACAACAUGAAUUAUCCUUACUAUAACAACUGGUACGGUAAUGGUAAUUACUACAACAGAGGUUACAACUGGAAUGGUAAUGACUACAAUAAUGACUACUACUAUAACAGAGGUUACUACAUGAACAACUACAUGAACAACGGGUAUGGAAAUGACAACUACUACUACAACAGAUAUUACAUGAACAACGAUUUCAACAAUGACGGCUAUGGCAAUUUCUAUAACAACAUGGGAUACAAAAAGUGAAGCAGAGCGAUUAUUGAUAAAAAGGAAACUUUUCAAAACGGCCGGACAGACACGGACACUGGAAAAGGUUAAAAAAAAGUUCAUGGAUAUUCAUGUUAAUUUAUUUAUAAUAAACAUUGAGCAUUAAAAUUAA